UUCGGUCACCGUUGUUGUAACGUUGUGCACGGUUGAAGGUGGUGGCGCUGGAGGAGGUGGCUCCGAUUCAGAUGGAGUAGGCGACUGCUGUCCAUCAGUCCGACUAGUCCACUGAACAAGGCAGGCAAGAAUUACUUCUUCUUUUCUUCCUUAGGGAGCUCUUUCCAUCAUACCAUGUCAAGCAGCAACUGGUACUUGAAGUCGAGCAAGUUGAGCCUCUCUCUCAGCUCGUUCAUUUCUUGCGACCUCCUUGCGUACUUCUCUAGCUCUUUUCUCUGCAAUCACGUCUCUUACUUACGCCUGUGUCUUUGUGUCUCAGGCAGGAAAACGAAUAAUCUCACCAGCCUCCGUCUGUCCUGGCGAAGCUCGGCAAUCUCCGCUUGCAUGCCUCCGCCGAAGUGGGCGACUCCAAGUCCUGUGCACGCUCCAAACCAUCACCACGAAGAAGCAACGAAGCGGGAGAGACCGAGCGACCUGUUGUCCACAAGCCUUCCAAGCAGGCCUUAGAACGAACAAAGCCGCGACCAUCAGUUUCAACUCUCGCUCUCACCGGCAGAAUCCAAGCACGAAAAGCCUGUGCAACGCCAGUCCCUCGAGGUACCCCCAAAUAGCGGCCGCCACUCUCACCAUUCUUCGUUCUUUUUUUCCUACUGGUUGUUAUACUUCAACUGGUUCUAGUGACUCUGGUAGUUGCGAACUUCACGGCCAAUCUCCACCGUCGACAGCGAAUAUCCAAAGUAAGACAAUUUACGAGGCUUGCGCGGACUCCGGAAGUUUGCUAUGAAAACGGAGACGUGGGUAGGAGGCUGUGUGGACUUGGCUCGCGGUUAAAGGCUGCCUCCUUCGAAAGGGGGCAAUUUGAUGUUUCGCAGCGUUUUAAUCAUAGGUAUCACCUCCUCCAUAGUUUUGGUUACAUUCAUUCA